ACUUAACAUCCCAAUUUACAUCCAAUAUUUUUUUGUCGUAAAACAUAUUAAAAGUAAAGCGUGUACUAUAUGUAACUUUUUUAAGAUUGCUACGUACUGAAGAUAUUAUUGGACAUUCCAAUUCCAGUAAUUGUGGUGCUGGGACUGUCAAAAUAAUUAAGUCAAAUAUUUGUUCAAAUCCAUCGGUACAUUUAACAUUUCCUGAUGGCAAUAUAGAACUAACUCUUCUUUCAAAUACAAUUGAAUCCACCUUAGCAUUAUCUAAUAAAUGCUUUACUAAUGAAUUAGUACCAUUGGGCGCAAUGAAAUGUUGUUCUCCUUGUACCUCUUGUAAUCCUUCUACAUUACAUGUCAUUGGCACUAGAUGUUUAGUAGAAAUCAAUAAGUUAUAUAUGUCUGAAUAUUUCUUUAACGUCCAUUCGUCUGUGGUGAUAAAUUGAGCCCCAAGAUCAACAAAGGUUCCAUUUGGUCCACGCCGCACUGAUGUUCGACCACCAGGGCCUCUAGCUUUAUCCCAUAAAGUCAGAUGGACAUUUGAACUACGCGUGCGUAAUAAAUAUGCAGUUAUUGUAGAGGUCAAACCACAACCAACUAAGAGUACCUUCAUGGCGAUUGAAAAAUGUAUGUUUAAAAUAAUUGGUUUAAUAAAAAAUAAUUAUAAGGUUAAAAACUCAAUUUCAAAAUUUCGAUAGCAAAAUUCGACGAGAAUAAACUUUACCAAUCAGUUUCACAAAAUAUAAAUGUUAUUAUUUAUGUUAAUUUAUCCAUGUUCCAUAACAUAACAAUAAUGUUGUGAUAAGUAUAAAUCACUCCAGCUCUUCCGUACUGUAUGAAUGUUAACUGCUGAUUGCUGAAUAUUACAAUAAUAUUCAGAAUGAUAAUAUCACAGCCUUCAUAAUUGAUAUCAUACAAAUUGAGAACCACUGUCAAACAGCCCCCGGAAAUCAUAUAAAUUUAAAAAAACGUAGUUUCCACAACAGAGCACGGGUACAAUCCACUGAACCAAGUUGGAGUGAUAAUAUAUCAAUCCAUCUUGCACUUACCAAGAAAAAAAGAGUUCUGCAGAUUCCUAAUAUUAAUAUAAUAUAUUGUGAUGUGAGUACUGAGUUCUAACACCGCCUAAUAAGUAAUAAUCAUUUUUUGUCAAAAAUGAGUUCGGUACCCUAUUUAAUGUAUUUUUUCGUGGCCGAUCGAAUGGUCACCAUGGCGUGAUGAUCGGAGCACUAAAAAUAGGAGAAAAACCAACACCACAUAAACGAUAUUUCCUAAUAAAAUGAAUCGAUUUUUUGCGCCUUCUGUAUAAUUUGGGAAAUUUAAUUAGGACUUGGGUGGUGUUAGUACUCGCAUGGUAAUACAUAAUAAUAUAAUAUAUAUUAUUGAUCAACUAAACAUAUUUAAAUAGAGGUUUUUAUUAUACUUUAAUUGCUCGAAUUGGAAUAACAAAACUAGGGGGAUGUUUUUACUUUAAAAUUUAAAAAAACGCACCCGGCAUUUUUUUACCCCUAAAAAAACUACCGCUUUUAAAAAUUAGUAGGGGUACGCUAUGAUUUCUGAAAAAAGAAGUUUUGGUACUCAGUCUUCCUCCCUUCCAAUUCGAGUACAGCAGAGUUUAGAGUUCAAUACAAUAUUAUCAUAAGAUACAAUGUUAUUAUAAAAUUGUUAACUAAUUAGUUAAUUACUUUAGAAGCACUUAAUCUAGGUAUUUCUUAAUUUUAAUGUCAAUUGCUACUAUCCUAAGGUCAUGUAGGUCUUAAAAAUUUUUUAAAGAGUCGGGGGAAAAUAAUGCGUAGUUAUAUUUUUUUUAAAUGACCCAUUUAAGUACAUAUAUACACAAUUAAAAAUCGAGACAUUUCUACAUGAGUAUUUUAGAUAAAAAAAAUUAUUGGAAAAGUUUUAAACGUUUGGCAUUUCUCAAAUUGAAUUUCCUAUUACUCUGUUUCUUAGCACGUAAGAGCUUGACUUAAGCAUUUUACAACGUAAAAUUUAACUAAUAUGCUGUAUCGCCGGCAAUCCAAAAUAUGGGAUUCGCUUUAUUUUUGUAAUUUUUUCUUAAAAUUAAAUUGUUUAUUUAUUGUCCCUAAGACGUCCCGCCGCCGUGAAUCCUACAAUCAUUAAACAGCAAGUCGAAGCUGUAAAACAACUAAGUACAAUAACGUAUUAUUAUAACUAUUAUUAGUAAAACCAGACAUUCUUUGGUAAUAGGCAGUAUAAGUUCAUAUCCUAUGAUAAAUAUUAUGUCGCCAAUUGCCGGAAAAAUAUAUGGAUACCUACUAAUAUUAGAAUCUAGCAUUGGAGCUCUGCCCACGUCAGCCCACUCCCGUCUCACGCAUGUGCCUUAUGGUCAUUCUACAAAACAUCUUGUAAAAACUAAAAUUAAUAUUUGAUGUUCAUCCACCUACUACAGUGAAUGUCUACUAAUAUAUAUUUUCAUACAGCAUAAAUAAUAAACGCGAUGCUUUAAGGUAUGUACUAUGCGUUAAUGCCAAUCAUUAAUAAAGAGUACAAUAAAUUACCAUAUAAUAUUUUAUUGUUACCGAUAAAAAAAUUCAUGGAUCAUGGAAAAUAUAAAACAAACAUCAACGACUAAAGAAAACAGUACAACAGAUACUCAAAAUUGUAUAUUAUCUAGCCAAUCAUCGUGGGAUUCUCAUAGAAGCACAACACUGCACAGCCCAACCAGACAUUAUGGUCGAAGAAUGAAAUUAAAUUGCAGACAUGGUUAUAAUCUUGCUAUAUUGCCAGAUGGGACAGUGUCCAGCUCUGAUGAUAGCUCAAACAAAUUUUGUAUACUGGAAUUCACAUCUAUGUUCCCAGGACACGUACGCAUUAAAGGAGUAGAAGCCAACCUAUAUUUAGCUAUGAAUAAACAAAGCAAACUCUAUGGAGAGCCUAAUCCAACCAAAAAUUCCACAAUUUUCAUUGAACAGCCAGAAGGGCCUUAUAGUGCUUACUUAUCUCUUAAAUAUCAAAGGAAAAAAUGGUAUGUGGCAAUCAAAAAGAAUGGAAAAAUUAAAUUGGGUACACUAACAAGAAGAGGGCAAAACGCUACACACUUUUUACCUGUAACUGUAUAAUAUACAUUCAUCUAACUCUUUUUAUUUUUAGCACUUAGCAGUAUUAACUUACAAGCAUUCGCGUCUUAAAAAGUCUUAUUGGCGUAUUGUGCAGUGGUGUUUACACCGCCAUUGAAUUUUUGUACUAUAAGUCGUGGUGUUAAAGAGUACGCAUACGCGAGCGCUUGGAGGUUACAUUAAUUUUGUUACUAUCAUUUAAUGUUCCUCUACAUUUUUUAAGUAUUAUUAUUAGUUAAAGAUUAAUAUUAAUAGCUGCACUUUAUUGUUUUAUUUGGAUAUUUAUAUUUUUUAGGUUUUAAAUUUGAUAUGCACCAAAAUUAAUUGUGUUUAGUUAAUAUUUAUGUUCUAUAAUUAAUACAACAAACUAUUUUUGGUCUUUUCUAUAGAAUUUUUAACCAUUUGAUAAUAUACAUAAUUGAUAAUUGUACAUAUUCAACAACAAUUGAAUAAAUAUGUGAAGUAUGUAGGGUUCGGUUAACUGUAAAACACAUUCUUACUGAAUGUUGUAAAUACCUAAGACUGCGAACGGAUAACAGAAUAUCUGAAGACCUUUCAGAAACCCUUAGGUCUCAGCCUGAAGCAAUAACCUACCUCAUACAUUUUUUUAACACUGUAUGAUUUAUGUGAUCAUUUAAAAUAAAGAAAACUAACUGUUA